AUGGCCGCGGAGCUCAGAAGCUCAUCGCAGCCAUACCAUCUCACAGCAAACGUCCACGACCCAGCCACCGACGAGGCUCUGGACAAAGCCGUUGCCAAACAAGUCGAAUCCCUUGUCCAAGCUUUCCUGCAAGCCAUCAACGCCCGCCACUUUGACAUCUCCAAUCCUAUCUAUCGCCACAAAUCUGCCAGCUUCCGCGCGAACGCCGAACAUUUCUCGUCAAGGGAACUCACUCUACCGGAGUACCUCCUGGCGUUUCGCGAGCUUACGAUAGAUCACCCUCAGCACCAUGCAAACCCGCUGGAUAUGACCACGUAUGUGGACCGAGAGUUAGGCCAUGCGAAGGUGUUUGUGAAUGUGGAGGUCACGGGGUGUCCGGUUGGGAUCGUGAGGAAGAGUGUCGCUGUGGUCGAGUUUCAGUUGGAAGGUAAGGAGUGGAAGUGUUUCAAGAGACCAUUGUCGAAACUACAAUACAUGUAG